ACAAGAAGAAGAAGAGGACGACGAAGAAGACGACGACGAAGAAGCCUCCUACUACUACUACUACUACUACUAGCUUUGGGAUCUAGGGCUGAAUUGUUUUCAUAUACUUUCUCACAUCUCUUCGUUUUUGAAGGCGUAGUUCGUUAGUACUAUCAAAAUCCAGUUUAGACGGCUGCAAAAGGAAUCUCACAUCCUUAAAAUUCAGGGGCUACAUAUAGAUUCAAGCAAAAACGUUGCUUAAUAAAAAAUGUCUUCUGCUAAAAUUGGCACACACAACGGUACUUUUCACUGUGAUGAAGUUUUGGCAUGCUAUCUUCUACGUCAGCUACCAGAGUACAAGGAUGCUGAAAUAAUUCGGACUCGUGAUCCUGUAGAGCUGGCCAGGUGUGAUAUUGUGGUCGACGUUGGCGGAGUCUAUGAUCACAAACAAUACCGUUACGACCAUCAUCAAAGGUCCUUUGAAGAGACUUUCAACAGCUUAUGCCCGGAGAAGCCAUGGGUAACCAGGUUGAGCUCAGCAGGUUUGGUCUAUCUUCACUUUGGGCGUCGAAUACUUUCUCAUCUUACACACUUGGCUCAGGGAACCACCCAGUUGGAGAUCCUCUAUGAUAAGAUGUAUGAGAACUUUGUGGAGGAAGUUGAUGCUGUGGAUAAUGGAAUUUCUCAGUAUGAUGGAGAGGCACGUUAUACUGUUAGCACAACUCUUAGUACUCGUGUCAGUCAUCUUAACCCAUGGUGGAACAGUGAUUGCCAGGACACAGAGGAGGGUUUUAACAAAGCUAUUGCCCUGGUGGGAGCGGAAUUCUUAGACCGGUUGCAGUACUAUCAAAAUGCAUGGCUCCCAGCACGAGUGAUGGUGGAGAGUGCAAUUAAGACAAGGCAUCAGGUGGAUGCAAGUGGAGAGAUAGUUUUGCUGGCGCAAGGUGGAUGCCCGUGGAAAGAACAUCUCUUCUUGUUGGAAAAAGAACUUGUACUGGAUAUCACAAUAAAGUUUGUGCUCUACCCAGACCAAAAUGGGCAGUGGAGAGUCCAGUGUGUGCCAGCAGGACUUAACACCUUCCAUAACAGGCUGUCACUGCUGGAGGACUGGUGUGGGCUUAGGGACAAUGCCUUGUCUGAAUUCAGUGGAAUCCCUGAUUGUGUCUUUGUUCAUGCCAAUGGCUUCAUUGGGGGAAACAAAACCAAGGAGGGAGUUCUUGAGAUGGCUAGAAGAACCUUGCAAGCUUCUUACUGACCAGGGAACAAAGCAAAUGGUUGCUAGAGCACAUUUUUUUAGUGCUUAUUCUCACCUCUGUUAGUUUAACCUUAACUUUUCUAAUAAUUAAAUGUAGUCUCAAUUUGCAUGUCUAUUCAAAUACACUCUCAAAAAUAAAAUUAAAAUCUUGAAA